AUGGUUCACAUUGAAUCCAUCGAAAAACAUGCUAAAUAUUGGGUUAAUGCAGAAGUACUAGUUUUUAACUCAUAUCUGUGGUGGAGGAUGCCUACAUUCAAAAUCUUGAAUGGAUCACUUGGAAAUUCUACACAAUAUGAUGUAGUAAGCAACCAUCAUGGUUACAAUAUGGUUAUCAAAGUGUUGUCUAAAUGGUUACAUGAUCAUGUCAAUCACACAAGGACUCAAUUAUAUUUUAUGAGCAUGACUGCAACACAUCAUAGUGGCACAGAAUGGGGCAUGAAAGAUGAUCAGAAUUGCUUGAAUGAAACAGAUCCAAUAACAAAAGAUAGGUUUUGGGAAAGUGAGUCAGAUUUAAAGUUGAUGAGAAUAUUACAAUUAUCGCUAAAUAAAUUGAAAGAAAAGGGGGUGAACGUACAAGUGGUGAAUAUAACACAUCUAACACAAUAUAGAAAAGAUGCACACCCUUCUAUUCACAGGUUGUAUAAUUAUCCUUUAACAACAACACAACUAGCCAACCCCUCAAGUUAUGCAGAUUGCACACAUUGGUGCCUUCCUGGUGUCCCAGAUGUUUGGAAUGAGUUACUUCUAGCUUACAUUCUUGGUAAGCAUAAAUAA